UGAUUUAAUGGCGUUGUCUAUAUACAGUAAUCCAUAAAUCAAAAAAAGAAGUAUAUACAGUAGCAUUACUUUAUAGACACAUAAGAGUAAUGAGUAAUUAAAUGGACACAUCAAGCAAAAUACAUCUCUUACUGAAAUCUGUAGUCAAUUUUGAAAAUAAAGUUGACAAUCAUAUUUAUUUUUAUUUAAUCUGUGGUUUGUCAUGGGUGGAGUGCAAUAUGUAUAUAUUUUUUAAUAUUUACGUAUGAAAGAAUCGAUGAUUUACCGGAUACUUUGUUUAGUGUAUUAAUAAAUUCAGAAGGAAGAAAGGAAGGUACGAACAGAACCAAGCCUCAAAAUGGCAGAAUUAGCUGCGUUGCUCCAAACGGACAUUCCCGAGGGUCGAAACCACCUAACUGACAGUCACACAAAUCUCGAACGAGUAGCUGAAUACUGUGAAGCGAAUUACUUCCAAUCGGAAAACAAAAGGCUCGCAUUGGAAAGUACUAAGAACUACACCACACAGUCCCUAGCUAGUGUGGCCUAUCAAAUAAACACACUUGCAUACAAUUUUCUGCAGUUAUUAGAGUUACAAACCAUGCAGCUAGCAGAGAUGGAGGGUCAGAUGAAUCACAUCGCCCAAACAGUCUCCAUUCAUAAGGAGAAAGUUGCCAGAAGGGAGAUUGGUGUGUUAACUGCAAACAAGGUUACCAAUAGGCAGUAUAAAAUCAUAGCUCCUGCUAAUCCUGAGAAGCCUAUAAAAUAUGUCCGAAAGAGCAUUGAUUACUCAGUGUUUCUAGCUCUGGAUGACAUUGGUCACGGAGCCCGAUGGAACAACGGCAGCACUGGCACGCCGCGCGGUCGCCGUUCGGGCUCCGCCCCAGGUGCUGCACCUUUGCCAGCACCUACAACUAAACCGCCCACACCACCAGCAGUGGUGCGUUCUUCAUCCGCCGCAAACACUGGCACUCUUGGAAGGGGCACUCUUGGUAAAUCGUCGCGGGAGUACCGCACGCCGCCGGCCGUGGCCCCGCCGCAGGUACCGUCGCACUACGCACCCAACUACCCACGCCGCCCGCCGGGGUAUUCCACUCUACCGGUUGCGCAACCACAGGUUGGAAUGGUGCACCCGAAUCAGCACCAGUCACCAUCCAAUUAUUCACAACAAGAUUUGCAUUCCAGUAUGCCACCACCGCCUUCUCCAUUGAUUGGGUCAGAUGGAGAACACAGCCAGCAUUCUAUGAGCCUGCCAGGGCACCGUGCAUCGUCUUCGUCGGCCGGCGGCUCGGGCGGGUCCGGCGGUGGCUCAGGCGGCGGCUCUGCGCGUGGCGGCUCGGUGUCGCCGCCGUUGCCGCCGCCGCCACUCGACGACGAGCUCGCAGAGUCCUUCGGGCGACACCACAUGCAGUUGUUCCAGGGCAAAAUCAGCGGCCAGUACACCAACGCUGUGCCGGCCAUUGUUCCUGAUGAGGAGGAUCUGCCCGGAUGGGUGCCUAAGAAUUACAUCGAGAAAGUUGUAGCGAUUUACGACUACUACGCCGACAAAGAGGACGAGCUGUCAUUCCAGGAGAGCGCCGUGAUCUACGUGCUGAAGAAGAACGACGACGGCUGGUGGGAGGGCGUUAUGGACGGGGUCACUGGGUUGUUCCCCGGGAACUACGUCGAACCGUGCGUCUAGAUAGCCUACUUUGACGCACGACGAUGCUUAUAAAAAUGUUAUCAAAUAAAAAUAAAAAGUGGGCCGUCACAGAACUUCAGGCCGAUGUAAAACAUCAAA